CGCCGGGCACCGACUAUUUAUGAAAGCUUCGCGUUUGCGUUUCGAAGCGCACGACGCUCCGUAUCCCUGAGAAUCAAUCGCCGAGAGAAGCAGGAGGAACAACGAACAAGUGAGAAGGACGCGUCGGCGAAGAUGGGCUUCUUCUCCCAGGCGCUCCUCGCCUACGUCCUCGUGUCCAUCCAUCUUGGGCUCUCGCAGCCUUUUCUCCGGCUGCGCCCCUCGCCCAGCGACCACCUCCCGGUGCUCGACCUCAAGGAGGACCCGGACCCGGAGCACGACCCCCGGGAGCAGGACCUGGCCGAGCGGACUCUGAGGAAAAAGCUGGGCAGCAACUUCGACCCCAACUUCAUGUCGAUCGAGCAGCCGGCGCUCAUGAACCUCUCCGCCCACGAGCUGCCGCUGCGGACGCCGGGUCCGAUGCCCAACGAGAUCAAGAAGCUGGACCUGUCCGAGACCCCGUACGGGAGGCGGGUGAAGGUGGGCAAGAAGGCGCGCAGGAAAUUCCUGCAGUGGCUGUGGACGUACACGCACUGUCCCGUGGUGUACACCUGGAAGGACCUGGGCGUCAGGUUCUGGCCGCGCUACAUCAAGGAAGGCAACUGCUUCAAUGAGCGCUCUUGUUCCUUCCCAGAAGGGAUGUUCUGUAAGCCCGUCAAGUCCAUCACCAAGACUUUCCUCAGGUGGUAUUGCCAAGGGUUCCUCAAGCAGAAGUACUGUACGUGGAUACCGGUGCAAUACCCCAUCAUUUCGGAAUGCAAGUGCUCUUGUUGA